AUGACAGAAUCUGAAUCAAUGCUACACUCAAGAAAGCUACAAGGCAAAGUUGCAAUAGUCACCGGUGGAGCCAGCGGCAUUGGGGAGGCGACUGCACAUCUCUUCAUUGAACACGGCGCACGAGCGGUGGUGAUUGCUGAUAUCCAAGAUGAGAAAGGCCAAAGUGUGGUGAAAUCCAUUGGCCAAGAUCAGUGCAGCUACGUGCACUGUGAUGUUAGCAACGAAGAACAAGUCAAGGCCAUGGUGGAUUGGACCGUCCAAAAAUAUGGUCAGCUCGAUAUCAUGUUUAGUAAUGCUGGAACGGUGAGUCGUUCUGAUCAAACAGUCCUUGACCUUGAUUUUUCCGAAUUUGAUCGGGUUAUCCAAGUCAACACGCGAAGCAUGGCAGUGUGCGUCAAGCAUGCUGCACGAAAAAUGGUGGAGCACAAGAUUAGAGGGACCAUUGUUUGUACCGCGAGUGUAGCUGCCACUAUUGGUGGGCAGAGCCAAACCGAUUACAUCAUGUCAAAGCACGCGGUGCUGGGGUUGGUCAGGUCUGCCAGCCAACAGUUGGGAGUGCACGGGAUUAGGGUUAACUGCGUGUCACCAUCUGCGGUCGUUACACCCUUGGCUGCCAAAGUUGGACUGGCCAGCGAUGAAGACGUGGAAAACAUCCUCGGGCCACUAACUAGCUUAAAACGGGUGGCGUUGACGGCUAGGCAUGUCGCCAAAGCCGUAUUAUUUUUAGCUUCGGACGACUCGGCUUUUGUGACGGGGCAUAAUUUGGCGGUCGAUGGUGGGUUGAUCAGUCUUCCUUUCCUAACCACUUCAUGA